AGGCUGAUGAGGAGGCGCGGGACGCGCAUCUAAUCAGGGAGCAGCCGCCAUGAUGGCGCGACCCGCUCUCAGCCGCCUCCUCAGCGCCUCCCAUCAGGCGCAGGGGCGGUGCCGCCCUCCUCCAUUUCCGAGGCGGCGGCGGGCGAGAUUUGAACCCUUUUAUUUCUGGGGCAAGAAAAGCUUGACACUCGAGAAACACUAUGAGGUUUCUCUGUAUCUCACUUUGUUUAUCCGUGAUUUGCUGGCUAGCUGAAGGUACCUUGUCAAAAACAGAUGCAAAGAAAGCUGCUACAAAAAAACUGGAAGAAAAGACACCGCAUUCUGAUAAAACUGUGCAGGACCGGGGACUGGUAGUUACAGAUCCAAAGGCAAAGGAUAUUAUACUGGAACACAGAAGCUACUGCUCCAGGAAGAUGAAGGAAAGACACUUCUCAGGAGAUGUUCUGGGAUAUAUUACUCCUUGGAACAGCCAUGGCUAUGACAUUGCUAAAAUAUUUGGAAACAAAUUUACCCUGAUCUCACCAGUCUGGUUACAAGUGAGAAGGAGAGGGAAGGAGAGGUUCCAGUUCACUGGGCUCCAUGAUGUAGAUAAAGGCUGGAUGAAGGAUGUCAGAAAAAACUCCAAAAACAUCAAAAUAGUGCCUAGAAUUUUGUUUGAUGGCUGGACUUACAAUGACUUUGAGAGUGUUUUUGGCAGUGAAGAUGAGAUAGAAGAGCUUUCCAAGAGUAUGGUUCUGCUAGCCGAGAAUGAAAAUUUCGACGGUUUUGUAGUUGAAGUUUGGAGUCAGCUGGGAAAUCAAAAGCAAAAGGAGUUGAUACACUUGCUCAUUCACCUUUCUGAAGCUUUGCAUGAAGCACAACUAAAACUCAUACUCGUCAUACCUCCAGCAGUUGCAGCAGGGACUAACCAGCCGGGAAUGUUCACAAAGAAAGAAUUUGAUCAGUUGGCCUCGGCAGUAGACAGCUUCAGUCUCAUGACAUACGACUAUUCAACACCACAACGACCUGGUCCAAAUUCCCCACUGCCCUGGGUACGAGCCUGUGUUCAAGUACUAGAUCCUGAUUCAAAAUGGAGAAAUAAAAUACUUCUAGGGCUGAAUUUCUAUGGCAUGGACUACUCUGCUUUGGGAGCCUUGGGGGAGCCAAUCCUCGGUACCAGGUACAUUGAAACCUUGAAGGAGCACAAACCAAAGAUUGUCUGGGAUGAACAAAUUGCUGAACACUACUUUGAAUACAAAAAAAAUAAAGGAGGAAAACAUGCCAUCUUCUAUCCAACACUGAAGUCCAUCCAGUUGCGCUUAGAGCUUGCAAAAGAAUUGGGCGCUGGUAUAUCCAUCUGGGAACUGGGACAAGGCCUGGAUUAUUUUUAUGACCUGCUUUAAAGUGAGAGAUGAUGUGGGAAAGACUUUUGCUUCACUGAGACUCCACCUUCAAUUAAUUUGAGUAUCCUGGAGAGGUGAUUUUAAAGACAUUUUUUGUAAUUUAUUUCAUAUCUGUGUUAAACUUGCAUUUUUUUCCCAAUAAAGAACUUCUUCUUGAUUUGCCACGUA